ACUGUUGCCUUUCUAUCAGUUCGAACCAGUCUGGCCAUUCUCCUAUGACCUCUGGCAUCAACAAGGCAUUUCCGCCCACAGAACUGCCGCUCACUGGAUAUUUUUUUCCUUUUUCGGACCAUUCUCUGUAAACCCUAGAGAUGGUUGUGCGAGAAAAUCCCAGUAGAUCAGCAGUUUCUGAAAUACUCAGACCAGCCCUUCUGGCACCAACAACCAUGCCACGUUCAAAGUCACUCAAAUCACCUUUCUACCCCAUACUGAUGCUCGGUUUGAACUGCAGGAGAUUGUCUUAAACCAUGUCUACAUGCCUAAAUGCAUUGAGUUGCCGCCAUGUGAUUGGCUGAUUAGAAAUUAAGUGUUAACGAGCAGUUGGACAGGUGUACCUAAUAAAGUGGCCGGUGAGUGUAUAUACAUACAGUACAGUUUGCGUCAGGAGAAAAUCCUUUUACUGUUUACCAGAGGUUCCACCAUGCAGGACACCGAUUUCUGGCCUGACCAUGAAGCUUUACCUGAUGAUUUAACAGAAUUCAUGGAUGACAGUUACUUGGUGAAGAUGCUUGAAACAGACAGCAUCUUUAGUGAUGAAUCUACAUUGACUUUUGAUGAAAACACAGACAUUCACUUGGCAAAAGAGCUGCCUAACACACACAGAAAACAGCUGGCAGAAAUGUUUGAACCAACAGGAAAAAUGGCUAUUCCUCAAAAAAGACCCAGAGCAGCUACGUUAUCAAAACAGAACACUGUGCCAAACGUGAAUUCCACAUCGAAAAAACAAAAAACUGAAGGUACUGAUAGAGCAUCAGUGCAGAGUCGGGAAGAUCAGUCGUGUCCCUCACCACCACAAAGCCUCUUUUAUCACCAUCCCUCUAUCCAGUUUGUCACAAUCCCAGACACUACAUUUAAUCAGUUUAGGACACAAACGAUUCCUCUUCCAGUUCUCAGCCUGCCGAUACCCACUGUUACUGCACCAAUAUUGCUUUUGGCACCUUUUCCUACAUCCCUUUCAGGAUACAAACUCCAGGUUCCGCCCCUUCCCCCAGAGGACAAUGCAAUAGUACCUGCCGUAAAGAGCUCAUCACCAGCUGGAACAUUGUCAGACACUACUAGCAGAUUCAUGUCUCCCCCUUGCAAUAAUGAGAUGACUCAAAGUAAGGAGUCAACUGCAGUUCAGAGGUCUCCUGUAAAGUUUGAUAUGCCUCAGAGUGUAAUGAAAUACAUUCAAAUGGCCAAAGCGCAUAUGCAUCAAAUCUGCGAGGAGAUGGAACCAAGGCAAAAUUUGACAUCUCAUUACGUGGCUGUACAAGUGAUCCAAAGAGAGAUGUGUCGCUCUGGCAAAAAAAAGAAUAGAUGUCUGAACAAAGAGAUGGCGGUCAUGGGAGAUAUGGACAGACAAGAAAGACUGAUCAAGUUGACCCAGGUAUUUGAGAACUCGAAUGGAGCCAAACCAAAACGGUACAUACUACUACUUGGCAAAACUGGCAUGGGAAAGACCACCCUUAUUAGGAAGCUAUGCCAGGACUGGGCCAAAGACUGCCUUCCACAAUUUGACUUUAUAUUCUUAUUGAAUAGCAGUGCUCUCGUCACUUUAGGAAAGUCGCACUACAGUCUUCAGACCCUCCUGCUUGACUUUUUUAACAUUGCCUCCUGUGACUCCUCCGACACUGAGGAAGUGUACGCUCAAGUCCUUGCAGCCCCUAAACGUGUGCUCUUCAUUUUCGAUGGAUUUAAUGUUCGGGACUAUGAACUUCUAUUUCAGGAAAAAGACUUUACAACCUUGUUAGACAAAGACACUAAAGCGAAGUCAUCUACAGCUAGACAGCUAUUCUCUGCCAUCUUGCAAAGGGUGGUCCUUCCAGGAUCCAGUCUUCUGAUUUCGGCAAGACCCAGAGGCACUGCCUGCCAACUAUUGCGGCGACUUGACAGCAUUUUGGAGGCUAUUGGAUUUACCGCACCAAAUAUAGAAACAUAUGUUUCUAAGUACUUUUCUGAUCCAGACCUUAGAGAAUCUGCUCUCAAAUGUUUAGAAAAGUGUAGCUAUCUGUGUCAUCUUUGUUGGAAUCCUAGACUCUGUCGACUUGUGUGUUUGGUUUUGGAACACACCCAAAGUUCAGAGGGACUUCCCAACAGUUUAACUGAGCUCUGCCAUAAAGUUGUAUAUCUUAAAAUAGAGAAUGACAAGUCGGGAUCUUGCACUCAAGCACAAAACACAAGCAAAGCACAAGUGAGCAAAAGAACAAUGCGAUCAACAAGGAGAGAAAGGAAAAUAAAAACAAAGGAGAUUAAGACUGGGGAAAUCUAUGAAAAGAAAUUGUUGUCCUGUUUAUUCUCUUUGGCCUGGGAAGGAGUGAAGUCCAACACAUCCAUUCUGCCCAGAGAUGUAUGCUCGGAACUGAAAGCAUUUGGGAUCAGGAAGGGACUUUUCCUUUCUUAUCGAGGGAGGGCAAGACAGUCCUGUUGCAAGGUCCAAAUUCAGCAAGUCCAGGAAAAGAAAGAGAAUGUUUUGGAAGAACAACGGCAAAAUCAACACAAUAUGAACUUACAAGAAAAUGAUGGAGACGAUAACAGUCUCUUACAGUGGGCAGAUCCCUUCCUUCAGAGUUAUCUGGCUGGAAUUCAUUUGUCCAAGGCAAGAAAUGUUUGCCCUCAGAACCUCCUGCAGAACCUCUUCUCCCAGUCUGCUGCAACGGGACGUCAACGUCCCCAAGGAGAGGCGCAAGAGCUAACACAGCGAUUUGCUUUGGGAAUCAUGUUCCUUCCAAGAAGCGAGCUACGCAGGCUUCAUCUAGACAUUAACUCUAGCAGGCGGGCCUUGUUCACUAAGCAUCUUACGGGUCUUACCCUUACUAACCUGUGCCCUGAUCAGUUCCUAGAGUUAUGCCACUAUAUCUUUGAAGCAGGUCUUUUACAUGACAACAACAGUGACAUUGGAGAGGCACGAUUGGCUACUUACCUGGUAGAAAACCUACCCGAGGUCCUCACCUUUCGUGGAAUUCCACUUGGACCGCCAGACGCGUACGUUGUGCAGAAAAUUCUUGAAAGGGCUGAGAAUGGAAGCAGAGCUUUUUCUUUGGAUCUGGAGGACACUGGGAUUCCAAUUUCAAAUCUAAGGUCCUUGGUGGGGCUUGGCAGCUGCAGUACAUAUAGAGCAUGCAUCGCUGAUGUAAUUGUACUGUGGCAGCAGUUACAGCAGAGUGGGGGAAGAAAGUCCCUUCAACAAUAUGUGAAAAAGUUUAACAUCAACCCUCUGAAGAUCAUGCAUCUGCAUCAAAUAGAACAUCUAUCAAGGCUCGUGAAAAUUCAUAUGAACAAGCGGCUCUUAGACUGCCCUGCAGAACCUGAUGUCCUCCUAGAGAAAGGAGUUCCGGCAGUCAACGGGCUGCACAAACUGGAAAUAGACAUUGGUCCGGAACGUGGGCCCCUAGCUUUCCUGAAGCUGUCGGAGUUUCUACCAAGUCUAUGUGAACUACAACAUUUAGAUUUGGAGGGCAACAAUAUUGGAGACAAAGGAGCUGAGCAAUUAGCUGAAACGUUUGGCUCCCUCUGUUUUCUUCAGAUACUGAAUCUAUCACAGAAUUACAUAGGGGACAACGGGGUGCAGAAAAUGGUGACGAGACUGACGGAUCUAUCCAAACUGCGCUGUUUAAUCCUCUACAGCAACAUGAUUUCUGACAAUGGUGCCUCAGCCUUAGCUGCUGUUCUCCCUCACAUGGCAUCACUGACUGACUUAGACGUGAAAUAUAAUAAGCUAUCAGAUGUUGGUGCACAAUGCUUGGGAGCCAGCCUGAGAGAAUGUAAGAAAAUUAAGACAUUAAGAAUGUGGAACCAAUGUAUUCCAUACGGUGUAUUUGAGAGACUUCAGCAGCAGGAUUCCAGGAUCCUUUGGCAUUAGUACAGUUUAAAUAGAGAUGGGAAGGUAACCACGUGGGAUAUUAUUUGGCAUUGGUUGUACAAUUAUUUCCACUAAGUGCUUAAAUUGCCCCUUUUCAUUCCACAGUAUGGACUCAAAUGUGGUAAUGGCUGGUGUGUUUGCAUCAUUGAUUGACACUUAAGACGCACUGUAAAUAUUUAUUUGGGUAUAACAUUGUUGUGUGGUCUUUAUUUUUGUGUUUGUUUUGUAUUGUUAACAUUUGUGUGUCAAUUUUUUGUCAGUUAUUCAAAUUCAAUGUUUUGUUUACUGAUUAACAUUGAUUUAUUUAUAUUUAAUACACUAAGCUUGCAAAACCACUUUUCAUGAAUUGUUUUAACAGGUACAUGUUAACAUCUAUUUUAUUGCUAUUCAGGAUUUUUUUUUAUUCAGGUUGCAGUUCUUUUGGUACGACAGCUAGUUGUUUUUAAUGUGCACUGGCGCCCCCAUGUGGAGACAAUGUUACCUUGGUACGCAGAAAUCACGUGGUUUCGAAGAAACUACAGUAGAGUCAAUGUUUUAUUGGUACACAAUCUCCA